UCCCCCAAUUCGCCCACGUGCGUGUCCAGCCCUGGGCGGGGGCAUCUUCCACCCGUGCAGCUGGCUGCUGCAAUGCCCCUGCCCGUGAAGCCCUGCCAGUCUCACCCACUGCCCAUUCGAAUGAAUUAAGCAUGUGAGGAUGCCCUCCCCGGCUCCCCUGCAGCUCCCAGGGCUGCCCGCUGCCUCCUGACGUGCGCUGCACGGGGCCCGGGCGGCCACCCGGGCCUUUCCCGCACUCACCUCAUAAUGCGGAGGUCCCUCUGGCACAGCCUCAGCUCGCUGCCUGCCUGCUGCCGAUGAUGCUGCCAGGUGUGUCACAAAAGACCCUUGGUGGUGCGAGCGGGGGAGCUGCAGAGCCCCAGGCCUGGGCCAGAGCCGGGGGGCUCAUCUAUGGGGCAGCGGCAGAGCAGAGGCGGCCACAUGAGAGCUGACGGGAGCCGGAGCCAGGCGCUCGGAGAAGCCAAUUGGCAGGAGCACAGCCAGCACAUGCAAAGCCCUUCAAAAGCCCACGGCUAUCUUGUUCAAGCAGCUGCAAGUACAUCAGCAAAGCAGCAGUGGCAGGAGACUUGGGGGUGUGCAGAGACUCCUCAGGGAGAAGCUGAUGCCCAGCAGCCCACGGUCAGCCAAACCUGGGAGCAGAGAAAGGCGGAUCUCCAGAAGCACAGCCAGCACAUCCAAACAUCACCACAGGCCCACACGAACCAUGUCCAAGCCCCCAGUGGUAAAUCAGCCAAGAAGCAGCAGCAGAAGAGCUCAGGGGCGGCAGACAGGCCUCGAAAGAAAGUGGAGAAACUAGCCAAGAAGAAAAGGUAUAUUAUACCGAAAAUCAUUGUCACCGGGCCCUUGGAUGAGGAGGAGAGCUACACUGAUGUGGAUGACCUCCCAGAGUCCAAAACCAUCAGAGAUACAGAGUACUAUGGUCCAUAUAAUGUACAUACAAAACCCAGCACCAUAGAGGCUUACCAAGUCAAGAGAGAAAUGCCGUGAGUUCUGAUUCUGGAGUGUCCUGUUGUUCUC